AUGAGAUUAGUUAGAAAUGAAAAUACGGAUGAAGUUAACAAGAGAGUGAAUGAACUAGAAUAUGAACUCUUUAAACUGAGAGAAGAAACAAGUAAACUUUAUGAGAAAGACUAUAUUACUAAUUAUUCAACACCUAUAGCACCUUUGAGAGUAUCUGAGAAAUCAAAAAUAAAAUGUAACAAUAAUAAAGCAAAUACUUCAACCAGAUUAAGAGGGCCAAAACAAAGAUUGGGUUCUGGAUAUUCAUCAACUUCACUUAACACAAGGAAAGUAAAACCUUAUAGUUAUGAAGAUGAAAAUGAUCCACAAGUGAUUGAAAAAAAAAAUAGUAGUGAUGGUAAGGAUUUAGAGAAUUGGGAACAAUAUCAGACAAAUAUAUGUUUGUUUUCUAGAAAGUAUGACUUUGAACAUGAUCCUAAAAGUAAAUACUAUCAAGUUAACCUUAAAUCUCUUAGAGGAGAUUUGGUUAGAGACUAUGAAUCCAAGAAAGAGCUAGAAAAAAGUUCAUUUGAUAAGCAUAUUGAAGAAGUAGUGGUAGAUGUACCAUUUUUGAGUACUAGAAAUACUAAGGGUAAGCUCACUGCACCAAUAACGUCUUAUAGUAGUAAUACCAUAAAUAAUUUUGAGGAUAAAGUAGUAUAUAAAGACUCAUUUUUGCUUGAUAUAAUGAAAAUGUCAAAGAGACCUUCAAUAAUAUCUUAUAAUUCUGCAUUUACAUCUUCUACAAAUAGUAAUACUUUACAGGAUAGUUCUAAUAAAGAUGGAACCAACACUAAAGGGUACUUUACGAGAGAUAUUCAUGAAAAAGAAGAGGAAGAAGAAGAGGAAGAAGAAGAGGAAGAAAAAGAAGAAGAAAAAGAAGAAAAAGAAGAAGAAAAAGAGGAAAAAAAAGAGGAAAAAAAAGAGGAAAAAGAAGAAUUUGGGGUUGGUAGAUUAAAGAUUAGCAAUAAUUUUCUUUCUAAUAUCCCAUCAAUAAUAUCUGAAAGGUCUAGUAAUAUGAAACCAUUAUAUGAAAAUGAGCGUGAAAUGUUACUAAGACGAAUUCAAUCGUUGGAAGUGAUUGAAUCUUCACAACAUAUGUUAGUCUUAGAGGCACAAAAUCGUGAACAACAAUAUAAAAUACGUACUGAUGAGCUUCAAAAGCAACUAGAAUAUAAGGAGACAAAACUCUCACUACAGGCUCAAGAAUUUGAGAUGUUACAGAGAGAUAUGAACGCUUUGAAGCAAGAGAAACUAUUACUAGAGGAGAAAUUUAAGCAAUUGGAGAUGCAUUGGGCUAAUGAGUAUAGUGACUUACAUAGGUACAAGGUUGAAUAUGAAAUAGUUCAGCAACAGAAUAAAGUUUUGACAGAGGAAAAAGCAAGUUUUAUAUCUGGUAUUGAGAGCGAUCGUGAAAGAUAUAGACAAAUGGAGAAUACCAAUACACGUCUGUUGCUUCAGGUGAGGAAUUUAGAAGAAAGAAAUAUGGAGCUCACAAAUAAAAGCAUGAAACUACAGGAGAAUACAGAUAAUUUGACUAAGGAUUAUAAUAAAAUUUUCCAGCAAUAUACUAGCUUGCUUACAGAUCAUAAUUGUUUACGAAAAAAUGAAGAAAUUUUAAAUAAAUCAAUAGCAGAGAUGCAAAUAAAAGAGAAAGAUAUGGAAAAGGAGUUAAAGAAGAUGAAAGAGAAAUUACAAGGUUUUGAUAUUACAGAGAGAUUAGUAGAAAAUUUGCAAUCAGAAAUGAAGGAAUUAAAGGAGGAAAGGCAUCAUAUUUUAGAGGAGAAAGAUACUUUGUCAGGUGAAAAUAGAAAUUUAACUAAACAAAUAAAGAGACUUGAAGAAAUACAAUAUGAAAUGAAGAAUCAGAUAUUAGAUUAUACACUAGAAAAUCAAAAAUUGAAGAAGUUAAUUAAAAAUACUUUCAUACCUUUACUACCUUCAACAGAACAUGCAUCAACAAUAAAUCAUGUCUUGACUAUAUUAAAUGCUAAAGAAAAUUCCAGAAUGAAUACAAAAAAUUUGGAAGAUCUGUAUCUUUCUUCAAAUAGAAAAUCAAAGAAAGAAGAUAGAUCUGAAGAUAAAAAUAUAUUAAAUUCGAGAAAUUCACCUAAAAAUGAUAAAAACACAAAGUUACAAUGUGAUGAGGAUUUACAAAAUAAAGAAUCUGUGGUUGAUAGUAAUCAAGAAUUAAUUGAUAGAUCUAAGUCAAAGUUGAAUGAAAUUAAUCCACUUAUUACUGAUAAUAAAUUAAUAACAGAGAAACUUUCGGUGAAAAAAAUUCAAGAAAAAGAGGAAGAUACAAAUAGUGAAGUUAGUGUAGAUUACUUAAUUAAUAGAGUAGAAGAGACUGAUAAAUUUCAAUCAGUAAAAGAGAGAGAGAUCUGUUUAUUAAAUGAAGUUCCGGAUUCUACAAUGCAUGAAUCAAAACAAGAAAACUCGAUUCUUUCUACUCAAGUUAAUAAUUCAUUCAAUAAAAUAUAUUUAGAUUUAUCUAAUAAUCAAACUGUAGAUGAGACUGUUACUGGAGAGCAGACACCAGACUUAUUAAAUCAUGUUGUACCUUACAGUAUACCUACAAAAAUAAUAAGUCAGAUUGGUGAUGUUUUAUCUAAAGGAGAUAUUCCCGUAGUACCAAUAAAAACCAAACAGAUAUGUUCAGAUAAAGAUAUAUGUAAGACUGCUGACUCUAAGUUAUUUGAAUUUUCUGAUACUAACUUAGUUGAUAAUGGGAUGCUCUUAGAAAACUAUGAAAAGCAAUUAUUUUUGUUAACAGUUGAAAAGAACCAGAUUGAAGUUGAAUUAUCUACAAUACCAAAUAAUCCUUGGAAUCAAACAAAAAAGGAAUAUGAGUACAACGAAUACCUUCAAACACGUUUACUAGAGAUAAAGAGUAGUCUAUCGUCAAUUCAUGAAAAGAUCAAGAACCUUAGAAUGGAAUAG